UAUUUUUUUGGUGUGAAAUAGAAUUAAGGUUUUAUAUUUGAGUUAUAUUUAAUUUCACAAUGAAGUUCAAUUUUACAAAAUUAAAUUCAAAAACCACGGCUUUUUUUCUUUGUGAUAUUCAAGAUAAAUUUCGGCCAGCUAUGCCUUUAUUUGAUUCACUAAUUAAGAACACUUCGAAAUUGCUCAAAAUGGGAAAGGCAUUGGAGGUGCCACUCUUCGUCACAGAACAAUAUCCGGAAAAGUUAGGCAGAACUCCAAAGGAACUUGACAUCAGUCAUGCGUGUGUCUUAGCGGCAAAGACUCAAUUCAGCAUGUUGGUACCAGAGUUGGAAUGCAAGCUUCAAGAAGUUUACACGGAGAACAAAUUAACGGAUGUUGUCAUAUUUGGUAUUGAGGCUCAUGUAUGCGUUGAGCAAACUGUUCUGGAUUUGUUGAACCAGGAUAUCAGAGUCCAUGUGGUAGCAGAUUGUUGCUGUUCACGUGCUAAACAAGAUCGUAGGACGGCGUUGAAUCUUAUGCGUCACUUGGGCGGGAUGAUAACCACAAGUGAGAGUAUUUGCUUUAAUCUACUAGGCAAUAAAAAUAAUCCGAAAUUCAAUGCUAUUAGGGAUUUGGUUAAAGCUGUUUCUGACGAUAUGUCUGAGAAAUAAAUACUUAUUGUCUUAUAUUAAA